AUGGCCGCUCGUACAUCCAGACGGGCCUUGCGCUACUUGGGCUAUGCUUCAGCUGCCGGCGUUGUCGGCGGCGGAGCUGUCUACUUCGUUUACCGGCCUCAAGAAGUUCCUGGACUCGGUGCAGCGGCGGUACCCCCUCCCACCUAUGGCGAGGGCGGCGUUUUUCGACCUCCCAACUUCCCCCGUGUCAAGUCAAGAGAAGAGCAGAUUGCCGAUUUGAAGGCGAGCGCUGGUGCGGCGUUCUCGCAGGCGAAGAACAAGCUCGUCAAUGCUGUGUCCGGAGGCCAGACGGAAGAACAGCAGAAUGCACAAGACCCAUACGAUCUGCUCGUCAUUGGUGGUGGUGCUACUGGUACGGGCAUAGCUUUGGAUGCUGCUUCGCGAGGCUUGAAAGUCGCUCUCGUGGAUAGAGAUGACUUCGCCUCAGGGACCAGCAGCAAGAGCACCAAGCUUGUCCACGGAGGUGUCAGAUACCUGGAGAAGGCUGUGUGGGAGCUGGACUACAACCAGUACAAGCUCGUCAAGGAGGCUCUUCGCGAACGCCGCUAUUUUCUCGACACCGCUCCUCACCUGUCCUCAUGGCUACCCAUUAUGAUCCCGGUACACAAGUGGUGGCAAGCGCCCUACUUCUGGGCCGGCACCAAAUGCUACGACUUCCUUGCUGGCUCCGAGAACAUCGAAACUUCCUACUUCAUGACCAAGAGCCGGGCGUUGGAGGCCUUUCCUAUGCUUCGCAAGGACAACCUCUUCGGUGCACUGGUCUACUACGAUGGCGCUCACAACGACUCUCGGAUGAACAUCUCGCUGGCUAUGACCGCUGCUCUCUACGGCAGCACUAUCGUCAACUACUGCGAAGUCACUGGCUUGGAAAAGGACAGCAACGGCAAGCUCUGCGGUGCUAAAGUGAAGGAUCUCGUCGCCGAGAGGGAUGGGAAGAGCUCAGAGGAGUUUACCAUCAAGGCUAAAGGUAUCAUCAACGCUACUGGACCAUUCACCGACGCGAUCCGCAAGCUUGACGAACCAACUGUGCAAGAGAUUGUUGCUCCUAGCUCUGGUGUUCACGUCAUUCUUCCUGGCUACUACUCUCCCGGCGACAUGGGCUUGCUCGAUCCUCAUACUUCUGACGGUCGUGUUAUUUUCUUCUUGCCGUGGCAGGGCAACACCAUUGCUGGGACCACCGACGCACCCUGCGACAUCAAGCAGAACCCGGUUGCUGGUGAAGAGGAAAUCGACUGGAUCUUGAAGGAAGUCAGCAACUACCUGCAACCCGAAAUCAACGUUCGCCGUGGCGACGUGCUCGCAGCAUGGUCUGGUAUUCGUCCUCUGGUUCGGGAUCCAAAAGCGAAAAAGUCAGAAGGCCUCGUCCGAAACCAUCUCGUUACCACCUCCGAUUCUGGCUUGAUCACAAUCUCCGGCGGCAAAUGGACUACCUACCGUCAAAUGGCUGAGGAAGCUGUAGACGAGGCUCUGACUCAAUUCAACCUCAAGCCCCGACCUGUUUCCAACCCUCCUCUCGUCAGCGGCGUCGAAGGCUUCCACGAGGACAUGGAACUCGACGGCUCCUGCAAGACCCACAACAUCAAACUCGUCGGCGCCCACGGUUUCUCCAAGACCCUGUUCAUCAACCUCAUCCAGCACUACGGCCUCGACACGGAAGUCGCCAAGCACCUCACCACCUCCUACGGCGACCGCGCCUGGACCGUCGCCGCCCUCUGCGCUCCCACUGAAGCCCGUUUCCCCGUCCGCGGUAUCCGCAUCUCAGAGCUCUACCCCUUCGUCGAUGGCGAGGUCCGUUACGCUGUCCGCCACGAGUACGCCCAAACAGCCGUCGAUGUCGUGUCCCGCCGGACGAGACUGGCUUUCCUCAACGCGCAGGCGGCGCUCGAGUCCCUGCCGCAGAUCAUCGAUCUCAUGGGCGAAGAGCUGACGUGGAGCAAGGCGCGGAAGGAGAAGGAGUGGACCAGCGCGGUGCAGUUCCUCGGAUCCAUGGGGUUGCCGAAGGGGAAGUUGGAGCUUUCGAGGGCGGAUGUGGAGGCGGGACGGGUGGGAAAGUAUGCGGAUGAGGAGUACGGGUAUUAUGCGAGACAUGAUAAACCCGACGAGACGCUCGAGAGUGAUUCGAAGUUCAUGUCUGGACAGAACCCCGGGAUUGGUAGGACGGCGCCUGCGAAUAACUGA